UACUUUUUUUUCCCAACCAUUUUCAGUGACAAUUGAGUCUUCUCCACACUCCACAUUGCCACUACACUUUCAAUAAGAUUUAAUUAUUAUGUCUCAACCAUCAAAUGCAAAACAUUGUUGUUUCUCUGGUUUGUUACACACCCUUCUUUGUGAUGGAAAUGGAAACUUUUCUGAUCAAAUCAUAGAAUCAUAUGAAACACAAAAAGUGCAUCCAAAAAAUAAGAGUGCAAUGGCUAAUGCAGCUUCUACACCAGGAGUGAUAGCAAGGUUGAUGGGGUUAGAUUCAAUGCCAAGUAAUUCCAACUUGGAAUUUAAAAAAACCAUCCCAGAUUCUGAAUUUGUGGAUUACAUGUUGGAGUUUGAUAAUGCAAGCCAAUCCAACCAUCGCCGAGCAAAAAUCUCGGCGUCAUUCAGGGAGGUUUCUGAAUUAUUUCGGCACAAGAACCGCCGCGAAGUUCUUGUGCUGUGUUGGGAUAGUGGAAGAGGAGAUAGUAAUGAUGAAAAGAAGAGCAGGAAAUUUUGCAAGCUGAAAAAUGAGCCUAGAAUUGUAAAAAAUGGUUGUUCUUCAAAGGUUAGAAGAAGUUACAAAGAUGCUAAUUGCAUUUACAGAAAGAGUGAUUGUGGGUCAUGGUCAAGCACUAAAUUGAAAAAUAAGCAGAUUGAAGAACUCUUUGAAUUAAAGCAAAUGAAAAAUAUGAGAAAGCAAUGGUCACAAAAGAAGAUAGAGAGUGACUAUAUUCCAGUUUCAAUCCUAGACAUCAAUGACUAUAAAUACCUCUAUGGACCUGAUUUUCUAGAUUAUUCAAACCCCUUAAUGUCACCAACAAUGUGGGAAUCUUCAGAGAAAAAGGUGUUGGCUGAUGAAAUUGAAGAUAGAGCAAUGAAGAACAAAGGCUACUCCUCAGAAUUAGAGAUGAAGAUUUGCAACUUAAUUGAAAAUGAUAUGAAAGAGUUACAUUUCACACAAAAGGGUAUAUGUGAGACUAAAAGGUUUGAGGAGAUUUGUUUGGUGUAUGAGCAUCACAUUUUUAACUCUUUGCUGCAUGAAAUUGUGAAUGAACUUGUAGAAACAUUCUAGUUGAGAAUUCUAAUCAGAUAAUGUGUAACAAAAAAAGAUAAAUUUAA